AGACAAAGAUGAGGAUCCGGACCGCUUGAAAGUGGGGGAAAGUGCCGGCGCCUCCGACACCGGGGAAAGCCGUUCGGCAGAGCCGAGGCGGCCAGCCACCCAAGACACCUGAGGGAGCCCGGAACGAAGGCCGGGGCGCACGCGGCCUGGGGCAUGAGGUCGUGAACGCCGCCAACCCCACAGCGCCGGCCAGCUCCGCGCCGCCGGGCCAGCGACCGCCCAAGGACUUGACCGGCUGAGUCUUGGUCCCGACCAGACUCGCCCAGCGGCUGCCCGAGAGCAGAGGCGAGGAGCGCACGCCGCAGCAGGGCCGAGAGGCCCGAGGGCCGGGGGCCCAGAGGGAGGGCAGGGCGGCGGGAGCCGCCGGGCCGGGGGGCUAUGAUGGUGCACUGCGCCGGGUGCGAGCGGCCCAUCCUCGACCGCUUCUUGCUGAAUGUGCUGGACCGCGCUUGGCACAUCAAAUGCGUUCAGUGCUGCGAGUGCAAAACCAAUCUCUCGGAGAAGUGCUUCUCGCGCGAGGGCAAGCUUUACUGCAAAAAUGACUUCUUCAGGCGCUUCGGCACCAAGUGUGCGGGCUGCGCGCAAGGCAUCUCGCCCAGCGACCUGGUGCGCAAGGCUCGCGGCAAAGUCUUCCAUCUCAACUGCUUCACCUGCAUGGUGUGCAACAAGCAGCUGUCCACGGGCGAGGAGCUCUAUGUCAUCGACGAGAACAAGUUUGUGUGCAAAGAUGACUACCUGAGCUCAUCCAGCCUCAAAGAGGGCAGCCUCAACUCAGUGUCAUCCUGUACGGACCGCAGCUUGUCCCCGGACCUCCAGGACCCCCUGCAGGACGACCCCAAGGAGACGGACAACUCGACCUCGUCCGACAAGGAGGCGGCCAACAACGAAAACGAGGAGCAGAACUCGGGCACAAAGCGGCGUGGCCCGCGCACCACCAUCAAGGCCAAGCAGCUGGAGACGCUCAAAGCCGCCUUCGCAGCCACGCCCAAGCCCACGCGCCACAUUCGCGAACAGCUGGCGCAGGAGACCGGCCUGAACAUGCGCGUCAUCCAGGUGUGGUUUCAGAACCGACGGUCCAAAGAGCGCCGGAUGAAGCAACUGAGCGCCCUGGGCGCACGGAGACACGCCUUCUUCCGGAGUCCGCGACGCAUGCGUCCCCUGGGCGGCCGUUUGGACGAGUCGGAGGUGUUGGGGUCCACCCCAUACACCUAUUACGGAGACUACCAAGGUGACUACUACGCGCCCGGAGGCAACUACGACUUCUUCGCGCACGGCCCGCCGUCACAGGCGCAGUCCCCGGCCGACUCGAGCUUCCUGGCCGCGUCGGGGCCCGGCUCGACGCCGCUGGGCGCCCUGGAGCCGCCGCUCGCCGGCCCGCACGCCGCAGAGAACCCCCGGUUCACCGACAUGAUCUCGCACCCGGACACGCCGAGCCCCGAGCCGGGCCUUCCAGGCGCGCUGCACCCCAUGCCGGGCGAGGUGUUCAGCGGCGGGCCCAGCCCGCCCUUCGCCAUGAGCGGCAGCAGCGGCUACAGCGGACCCCUGUCGCACCCCAACCCCGAGCUCAAUGAGGCCGCCGUGUGGUAAGGCUGCCUUCCCGACGCGGCCUCCCGAAGCCAAAAUGCCCAGCAACGUGGACGCGGCGAGAGACGCAGGGGCUCCCUCUGGGGGGGCUUCUCUCUUGGGUCCGCACUCGA